AGAAAGUCAUGAUCUUCCUGGUGGUGCUGCACAUUCAUUUGACGUAAAGGGUUUCAAAUUUGACUCGGGACCGUCUUUAUUCUCUGGAUUUCAGUCAAGAGGCCUUCAAGCAAAUCCUCUUGCACAGGUUCUUGAUGCUCUGGGCGAGUCUGUAGAAUGUGCAUCUUAUGACUCAUGGAUGGUUUAUGUGCCUGAAGGUGAGUUCUUAUCACGGAUCGGCCCCACAGAAUUUCUAAAGGACCUUGAGAAACAUGCAGGGCUUGAUGCUGUACAUGAAUGGAAAAAGCUUCUUGAUGCAGUACUCCCAUUGUCUGCUGCUGCAAUGGCACUUCCCCCUAUUUCUAUUCGAGGAGAUUUGGGCAUUCUCUCGACAGCUGCAGCUAGAUAUGCUCCAUCUCUAUUUAAAUCCUUCAUUCAAAUGGGACCUCAAGGAGCUCUAGGUGCUACUAAGCUCUUGAGACCUUUCUCCGAGAUUGUCGAUUCUCUUGAGCUCAAAGACCCUUUUGUUCGCAAUUGGGUGGAUCUGUUAUGCUUUCUACUUGCAGGGGUGAAAUCUGAUGGCACCCUCUCGGCUGAAAUCGUUUACAUGUUUGCAGAAUGGUACAAGCCAGGAUGCUCACUUGAGUACCCUCUUCACGGAAGUGGUGCGGUUGUAGAUGCUCUUGUGCGUGGAAUGCAAAAGUUUGGUGGAAGACUUGCGCUGAGUUCUCAUGUAGAAGAAAUAGUUGUUGAAAAUGGUCGAGCCACUGGUGUCAGGUUAAUGAAUGGUCAAUUUGUACGUGCCAAAAGUGCUGUGGUUAGCAAUGCAUCUAUGUGGGAUACUUUGAGUUUAUUACCUAGAGAUGUUGUUCCAAAUUCUUACCAAGAUAGAAUUAAGGCGACCCCACAAUGUGAAUCAUUUAUGCAUCUUCACUUGGGUUUUGACGCUAAGAAUAUUCCUGAUGAUCUGGGAAUACAUCACAUAGUCGUAAAUGAUUGGAAACGAGGGGUAGAUGCUGAUCAGAAUGUUGUCCUGAUUUCUGUGCCGAGUGUUUUUGGUAAGGAUUUGGCACCAGAGGGCAAACAUGUGUUGCAUGCAUAUACUCCAGGAACAGAACCAUUUGGCAUAUGGGAGGGACUCGAUCGUCGCAGUGCCGAGUACAAAAAUCUCAAAACUGAACGGUCAGAGGUAAUGUGGAAGGCCGUUGAACGUGCUCUUGGUCCAGGCUUUAGGCGCGAAGAUUGCGAGGUGAAAUUGGUCGGAACUCCAUUGACCCACAAGAGAUUUCUCCGGAGAAACAGAGGAACUUACGGUCCUGCAAUCAAAGCAGGUGAAGCCACAUUUCCAGGCCAUUCGACUCCCAUCCCUCAGCUAUUCUGCUGUGGUGACUCUACUUUUCCAGGAAUUGGAGUUCCUGCAGUGGCAGCUAGUGGUGCCAUAGUUGCCAAUUCUUUAGUAUCAGUGUCGCAACACAACGACCUUCUUGAUGCUGUUGGAAUUUGAAAUUUAAUGUUUUUUAUUCCUUAGGAAAGGAAGUUCACAUUUAUACAUUCAUGGAUAGGAGAUUCAGCCGUGUUUGAAGUGUAUAUCAAGACUUGAGAAUGCUUUCAAUUGAAUGAACAUCAACAACCACAGCAAUAUUGAAGUGCAUAUAAUUUAUUAUAGAAAUGAAAUUUUCUUAAAUUGUAAAUAAAACUUGUUAAAUCCAUCAAAUUUUCUUUGACAUUACUUGAUUAAUGGAUUAAUUGGAGAAAUACAGCGCUUGAUCAUAAGAAGAUUAAGCCGAGUUCUUCUAGUUCUUCUGUAUGGCUUAAUUUCUUCUGGUUCUUUGACA